AUGCUUCCUCCAUUUGAUUACCUGACGUACCGCCGCAUACGGAACCAAAAACAAGCGGACCGAGAUCGCCGCUUUUCGUCACUGCCCCACCCAUAUCUACUUGGUAUUACAAAGUCCGACAAGGAGAUUAUCAAUCAGCCCAUUGAACAGCUGGUGGAAGAUAUUCAAACCUCCAAAACAUCAGCUCUCACUGUUCUCCGCACGUACGGCAAAGUCGCUGUCCGCGCACAGAAACGCACAAACUGUAUCACAGAGCUUCUUCUCCCAGAAGCUGAAUCAUGGCUUGAGUCCGAGGUGAACCUGAAGGGUCCCUUAGCGGGAAUCCCCGUCUCUGUAAAGGACUCUCUUCAGGUCAAGGGCUUCGAUACCACUCUGGGAUACUCUUCGUUGGCAGGGCAGCCAUUCCCCGAGGAUGGAGCGAUGAUCAAGUUGCUAAAGGAUGCCGGUGCUGUUCCGUACGCUAAGACUGCCUUGCCGAUUACCCUUCUCUCGUUCGAAUCUGCAAACGGACUUUGGGGUCCCUGUCUGAACCCCCAUGGACUGAGAUACUCGCCCGGUGGCUCAACCGGUGGUGAGGGUGCACUCCUGGCUCAGGGUGGUCGCAUUGGAAUCGGUUCAGAUGUUGCUGGGUCGGUUCGUGUUCCUGCGGCUUGGAGUGGAAUUUACUCGCUCCGCUGUAGUACCGGUCGUUGGCCGAAGGCGGGUGUCAGUACCAGUAUGGCGGGUCAGGAGGGUAUCCCCAGUGUCUUCAGCCCAAUGGCUCGUACGUUGAAUGAUUUGACCUACUUUACUCGUGCCAUGAUUGGGAUGCAGCCUUGGAAGUAUGAUCAUACUGUACACCCAAUUGUGUGGCGGGAUGAGUUAGAAGUAGAGGCUCAAAACAAGCCCCUUCGCAUCGGAUUGAUGAGCAAUGAUGGUGUUAUCCCUCCUACUCCAGCUAUUGAACGUGCGCUAGCAACCACUGUUGCUGCAUUGACUGAAGCAGGUCACACCGUGACUGAUAUCACGACCCCUAAUGGUGCUGACCCGUUCACUGGUCUAAACCUUGCUUCUCAACUUCUUAAUUCGGAUGGUUGUCACCACUUCAACGUCCCAAUUCGUAGCUUUGAGCCCUCGGAUCCGGGUGCCGAUCAGCUUACCCGUAUUGCUCACCUCCCGCGAGGCCUGCGCUACCUCUACUACCUCUACGUGCGGUAUAUCAAGCGGGACAGCAUCCUGGCCACUUUGAUCCGUGAUUUCGGUCCCAAGUCCUCCGCUCAACUGUGGCCGCUGGUUGCGCAGCGUGAAGCUUUCCGCGCCACCUGGCACAAUUGGUGGAACGCGGAACCACAACAAUUUGAUUUUAUUCUGUGUCCUGCCAAUGCCACGCCUGCAUUGCCGCACAAAGCCAUGCACGAUGCCAUGUCUUCUUGUGGAUAUACCUUUCUUUGGAAUUUAUUGGAUUACUCGGCCGGUGUGAUGCCCGUGGGUUACGUUGAGGUUGCCCGGGAUUCCUUGGAUGGUCCGUACCGUAAGGUUCUCCGUCGACUGGGUAGUGAUCAUGCUGUUGCGCGAGGGGCCUGGAAGCACUAUGAUGCUAUCCAAAUGGCUGGUCUCCCCACCGCUGUGCAGAUUGUUGGUCGACGUUGGCAGGAGGAGCAAGUUCUCGGGUACAUGUCCGUUGUUGAACAAGCCCUCGAACAAUAUCGGGAUCCUCAUACGGGUGAGAGUUCCAGAUAUACCCUAUUAGAGAUUGACUGA